AUGAGCUGGAGUGACAUGUCGCUGGACGACUAUGGGGGCACUAAGGUUCUGCUGCAGCGCCUGGCUGCUUCUCCGUUGGUGCGCCAGAGCAUCCCCAACGCCUCGGCAAUUUGCAAUCAGUACUUCAGCUUUGCUCGUAAGGCUCACGAGCCUAUGACCCAGUUCCUGGUCAGGGAAGCACUUGGCUUCUCUGAGUUUGUUGAGGCUUUGGUGCGCCUGGCUGAGGAGAAGCGUGGCAUUCGACAAGAGGACAAAGACUUUGGCCUUCCUGCUGAGGAGGCUGAUUAUGAGCAGGACUAUGACUCCGGCUGGGAUGCAUGGUGGAAUGAUUGGGCUGAGUGGCCGCAGGACGAUGAGAACGUUCCUGACCCCGAGGAUGGUGACUUCGAUCCCAACUUGGCUCAACCCACUACGACAUUGCCGGUGUCUACGUCACGAGCGGAAAGUGGCUCGCCCCAUGGUGGCGGAUAUCAACGUGUACUUCGAGGCACGAUGUCUUCACCUAGCCGACGAUCGGCUGGUGUGCAGCCAUCACUGGCUGGCGAUGAGCUCAACGAGCUUAGUUUUGCAGACUCCUUCGUCCUUGGAGUCUUGAGAGGAUUUCGCCUUCUUCAAGCCGCAGGUUUGAGUGCUGAUGAACGCCGAGACAUUUUGUCGGCGACCCACGGAUCCCUCGACUUCGAUGAGGUGAACAGGGCACUGCAGACCCUAUGGGACGAGCAGUUCACUGGCAGCCGCUCAUCACAUCCAACCCUCUUCAACUCCAACUGGCACGAAUUGGCCACUGUUGAGGAGGAGGAACCUGAAGCUGAGUGGCACUCUGCCACUUGGGACUCAUUUCAUGUCUCCGGUGACUGGGGACAAGAAGAUUGGUCUUCAUGGGAUUGGGCUGACGCCUACAACGUGGAGGCCUACGAGGACAAGAACACCACCCCGGAGGAGAAUGAUGAGGAUUUGAAAGAAGCGCAGAAAGCUGAGCGCAUGGCCGAAUCUCUGGCUGUGGAAGCUCAACGUUCUUGGGCUGAAGCUCAACGAGCGACCGCCGCGCUUCGCAAAGAUCGUGGUUUUGGACAACAACUUCCAUCAGGUGGCAUGGGCAAAGGUCGUGGUCCCUGCUUCCAAUGUGGAGGCCCUCAUCUUUCUCGAGAAUGCCCUGACCGACAACACCCUGGUCCCUAUAAGGGAAAAGGCAAGAGCAAAUGGAACUACAUGACUGAGUAUGACCCGUACUCGUACGACGACUUCUUCACGGGCAAGAAGGGUGGUGGCAAGAAGGGAAAGAAUGUCCAUUGGCUUGAAGCUCAAGCCUGGACAAAAGGCAAGAAAGGGAAGGGCAAGUCCAAUGCCCCAAUGGGACGACCUUCCGUCAAUGCCUACAACACUGAGAUGCUCUUCGGCGCCUUAGAUUUGCAGGCUCAGAUCAAUGAGACUGAGCGCACAGUUUCUCCACCUGAGACACAUGGUCUCCUGGAUUGCGGGGCUACAGCUUCCGCUGGCCCUCAGAUUGCAGUUGAGCAACUGAUCUCAACGAUCGUUGACCGUGACCGACAGGCCGUGGUUUCGAUUCACAAAGAAGAUCGGCCCUACUUCAGGUUCGGGAACGGCAAAUGGGGACAAGCGCUUUAUCGUGUUUCGUUGACCUCGGCUCUGCUCAAAUGCACGUGGCUGGAAGCCCGACGCCCAAUUCGAUUUCCCCGGACCACUCUUGCCAUGUCCCGGAGCAAGGGCAGCCAGCUGACCGAAGAGCAGGGGAACAAGAUCUGGGACAUCAAGACGGCAGCCGCGGACUUCAGGGAGAAGAUCACCGGCAGCCGCGAGAAGGAGCCACCUCGGCCCUUCGAUCCUCCUCGAGGGGUCGGUCCGGAUCCAAGAGAUCCUCGGAUGAGUCCGGAACAGUGGCCAUGCUACGGAGAACAUCACCUGGGCUCAGUGCGAGCGAACCCUCACGGUCAAUGGCAACACUGCCAGGUGUGCAACAUCCGCUGGAUGUAUGUCCCUCGCAAGGGCUCCCAUGGCCAGAACACCAAGACCGAUGCUCCACCCUUGGUUCAACGGAUGCUGGACGAGCUGAAAGUUUUGAUGAACUCGGAACGUCCAUCGGCCGAGAUCGUCCACGCCAUGCAGAAGAAGGUGGAUGCGGACAUUGUCCUGGAGGACCUCGUGCACCGCCAGAUCUCCAAGAUCCAAGGGGAGCGCAACACGCCGGAGCAGACGGGCAAGGCCGUGGUGAAAAGCUCCGGGUAUCCUUCCACCUCGCCGGCGACUCCGACCUCGAGGAACAAGACCAAGGGUCAGACAUCCAGUCCUUCCUCAUGGGAGAUUUGCACUCCUCCUCCGACCGACCACUUCGAGAAGGAUGUCAAGCAGCUGCUGAACCCCAAGGAGAUGGAACAGCUCAUGCAGCCUACGAGGAGGAUGCAUGACUUCAUCGACCCCUUCCACUAUGCCCUUGAAGAGCUCUAUGGCCGCGAAGAUGCUGCUGAUGGCUACAACGCUGUUGAGCUCUAUGGCAUCAACAACUAUGGACUUCGUCUUCGACCUCGCCGGAUCAACCUCCAGCAGGGCUAUGACAUCUAUAAGACGGCAACCUGGGAGCAUUUGAAAGGUCUUCGACGCCGUCAUCGUCCCCGGCGACUGUGGUUCAGUCUUCCCUGCACCAAGUGGUGCCAAUGGUCCAAGCUCAACUAUGCCACAGAGGAGCGUCAAGAACUGCUGGCCACAUAUCGCCGUCGGGAGCGACGCAUGCUAUGGCAAGCAGCUCACUUCAUUGAAGACACCCUCAACGAGGACCCCGAGACUGACAUCUACUGGGAAUGGCCCUGGCCUUGUGAAGGAUGGAAUCAACGACCUUUGGAACACAUUGCUCACCUCCUUCAAGCUCGUGGUCGUGAAUGGCUUCCAUGCCGUGUUGAUGGGUGCAACUAUGGUCUCCGUGCUGAUGAUGGUGCUGGCGACUUCCUCCGGAAGCGAUGGAUGAUUCGGACAACCAGCUCCUUCUUCCACCAGCGCUUCAGAGCUAAGGUAUGUCCUGGCAGUCACCGACAUGCCUGGAUUCAGGGAGCUGAGACGUCAAAGAGCUCCUACUAUCCUUGGCGCAUGGUCAAAUCGAUGGCCCUGGCAUGGCGUCAAGAGUAUGUCUCCGACCGCAACAUGCAGCUCAUCUUUGCCAAGGAGGACAAGCCCUACAUGAUCCCGAUUGAGGACGAGAUCAACAUGGAGCGUGCUGCGCUUCAAGCACUACCUGCUCUCCAAGAACAACCAGCGGGACAAGAACUUCUACCCGAAGGUGGUGCCACAUCCAGCUCUACUUCCUUGUCUCCAACCUCGGAUGAGCUGAAAAAGUGGAAGGCCCGUCUGGCCCACUUCCACAAAGCAGCGGGUCAUCCAACAGCCCGCAACCUCGCUCGUCUUGUGCGAGAGGUACACUACCCUCCUGAGAAAGAGCCGUGGAGUCAUGGCAUUGUGGAGGCCGCCAUUGCUGACAUCAAGCAUGUGGCUACAGCGAUCCACCAGGAGAACCUGAACAACAGCCCUGAGAUGACUCUCACGCUGGCAGCUUCAGCCUUGAAUGGCACUGAAUACACCGCCGGCGACUCCUCCCAUCAAUGGGCAUUUGGCACCAAGUACUCCAUCAGCGACGAGGACAUUCGCAUCUGGAAUGCCAUCGAGCCCAAGGAAGACUUUCUUCGGAUCACCAAGGCUCGCUCUGAAGCUGAGGAGGUUGCGCGUCGAUCGCGUGCGAGAAGGGUGCUAAGCAAGCUGGCCAACACCACUGUCCGACAGCCUGUCCGACAGUAUGCGCCGACAGAACUGGUCAUGGUUUGGCGCAAACUUCAAGCUGGAGAACAACAUCAAGGGGAAGACCCCACACAAUGGAGGUCCUUGGAUGAUAUGAUCCCCAAGAAGGAGUACACCGACCUUCUUGAUGAAGAACCCGGCGAACUCGAUCAGGAACUACCUGACCUACCAGCGGCUCCAGAUGAGACUACGCUGGCUCCGAUCCGCCGAGCUGUGGGAAAAUCCACCCUGAAGGACUCUGACUACAAGGUCGUGCACCGAUCCAGUCCAAUUGGUCAAGCUCGAGCACCUCCUGCUCCAAAGAAGUAUCUGCCUCCACCGCGGACAACGCCGACUUCAGAGGACUUCAAGGUUCCUGAUGAUGAGUACACCCCAUCUCUGCCAGAUCCAGAACCUGGCGAUGAUCCUGAACCAGAGGGCACUACAUCCUUGCCUUCAUCUUCUACAAGGGUCAAUGACUAUGGGGAGGAUGAAGCGCAAGAUGAGAUCACGCACCACGACCUCUUCGCCUUCCUGGAGUCCUAUGAUGGUGAAUGCCUUUCCAUCGAAGUGGACAUUGAACUCAAGAACCGGCGACAACGCCGCGAUGUCUGGGACACGUUCAAGGGAGCGACGAACAUGGUGGCAGCGCUCGAUGCUUUGCUGGUCUUCUUAUUGAAGCUUGGCCUGAGAACUCCUUCAGAGCCCACUCAAGCAAUCUUGACAUCGCUUCUCAUCCUUCGAGAUGGUGAUGAUCGAAAGGGGAGGAGCGCAGAUGGCAUGAGAAGCUUGUUUUGUACCUUGGAGUUUGAACAGUGGCACAGCUGCAACGUGAAAGCGCAGCUGCAAGCGAAGCUGGCCAGGAACAAGGACCAGAUCGGCAAAUCCUUGACCUUUGGCUUCUUGAAAUGCUUGCCAGCCGACACCACAGAAGCUCCCAAGAAUGUCCAAGAGUUUUGCUUUCCAGGUGGGCAGAUUCCUACAAUGCCGUGGCCUCUGGAGGCGAUCUUGUCCAUGGCGAAGGAAGUCCCACUGAGGAAGACCAGAAAGGAUGUGGCAGCUUCUGCGUUGCCUGCGACUAUGUUUCAAAGUUUGACACCGCAGUGUUUAGCUCUGAUGCAGGGAUUUUUGAUGCAAGGCAUGGCUGCUAUGAAUCCUUCUUUUCAGCAAGAAGUUUCUUUGACUAUGUUGCGCCCACAGGCAAGGCAGUCGCAGUUGAGUGGCCUUCUGGACAGAGCAAGAUCCAACUCUUCAGAGUUUUCCCAGCCGUCGCAUCCUCUUGCCUUGCAAGAUGCCCCAGCACUACCUGCAGAUUCAAACAAGGGAACGCUAGCCCUGGAGGAGAAGGACACUGAGAUGAAGGUGGAGUUGCCUGAAUCCAAGGCAGAAGCACAGCCUGAGAAGCAGCAAGUGGAGGAGCGCCCACCAGCUUCAGCCCUGGUAGCAAGCAAUCCACCUCACGUUGAACCAAAGUCUCCGACAGUUUCUCCACCACAGCAAGCGGCGCAUGUGUCUUUGAGCGAAAGCUUACGGAAGAUGCAGCAUGCCAGGGGAAUUUUGAAAAGGCCUGCUGCCGCUCCCAAGACACUGCCUGCCAUGAAGAAGGUGAACCCACAGGCGAAGAAGAAACCUGUGCCUAUGAAGAAGCCAACAUCCAGUCUUGCUGGCAACAAGUCCUUGGGCAAGAGUGAGCUCAAAGAGAAGUUGUUGAAGACCAUUCCCACUCACUUAAAGGCUGAGCGGAGAAAUGGCUGCAGCAAGUGCCGUUGGGUGAAAUUCUGCACUGUCAGCUGCUGGGCAGCCCGAGGCUCAAUCUAUGCAUAUCAAUGUAUAGUUCAGACACCAAUGCUCAAUGCCCGAAAGGAGAUGUUCCUAGAAGCUCUUGCAGAGCCGCGGAUUGACCAGAGCCUGGAAGACCCUGCAGAACCAGAAGUAAACACUGAAGUACAACGACCAGCAGUCUUGGAGAUCUUGCUCGAGGAGGAUGGACAGGAUGAAGUGAAAGACCCAGCUCCAGGAAAAAUCAGCAGCGCCACUGCUGACAACAGGUGUUCGCCAGCCACUGCCGACAGCAUGGGUGCGCCAGCCACUGAUGACAAAAUGGAUGGGCCAGCCACUGCCGACAACAUGGAUGCGCCAGCCACUGAUGACCACAUGGGUGGGCCAGCCACUGAUCACAAAAUGGGUGCGCCAGCCACUGAUGACAAAACGGGUGCGCCAGCCACUGAUGAUAACAUGGGUGUGCCAGCCGCUGCUGACAACAUGAGUGCGCCACCUUUUAACCCAGGCUUUCCACUAUGCAGGCAUGCCAUGACAGACGACUCGAUUCGUGACCAAAUGUUUCAAGGAUGUGACUGGACCAGCCGUCUGCUGCCUCCAAAGCAGAUCCAGCGCGUGAGGAUUUUCCUGUCGACCAAUGACUUCAUUGGCUCCUACAGCAAGUUCACCUUCCUGACCGAUAUGCAACAUCAGGAUGAAGGUAUUGGAGACUUGCGCGACUACAAAGUUUUUGUGAACGAGCGCAAAAACUUGGCAGCUUUGGUGGAGGUUGAUGCUGGCAGCCGUCUGAUCUUGAUUGAAAUGGUGGAUUCAACUACUUUGCACAUGACCGCGGCCCUUACCCACACUCAUUUCAGCAACGUCCAGUGCGGUGAAUUCAAAUCAGUGGAGUCCUGUUUGGUAAGUGCAGCCGAGGAUCAUGACAAAGCCUGGCCUGAGAAGAACGGAUGCUUGUUCAAAUUCGUAGCUGGCACUACGGCCAUUGUUGAAGAUGAUACCAUGUCCCUGGGAGAGACGCAGCUCUACGCCAAUGGAGGGGAUACUAUGGUCGACCUUUCAUCCCAAACGGAUGCUAAGGAUGAGCCGCCCAACACGCCCAUCUGUGGCAAGUGCCAGUUGCCAGUGACCCUUGAAAACACAGUCCUGAAGAGCCUGAACCAAAAGAGCGUGACUUGCAAGGCAUGCCUUGCAUCAUCAACUAUGAUGUCUCGUCACUUUACUUCCAUGCCACCUGCAUGGGACCAACUGUCCGAUGAAGAGCGGGUGAAUUUCUUUCGCAGCAUCAUUUCCAAAAAGGAGACAGCUUCGGGACACCUGAAGUACAAGGUCUUGCGGAAUGAGCUCAAGGAUGUGCUGGUGAAAAAAACAGUGGAAGAAAAGAAGAGAGGCUAUACGGGAGAGUUUUUGCCACUGGAAACAUACCGCCUGAGAGGCUUUGAUGUCAAGAAGAUUGAGGAGCUAGCGCAGAAAGAAGUUCACCCAAUCUUGGGUGAUACCUAUCGCAUUGACAUCAAGCGCUUUAGUGAAGACUUCAUCGAGCAGAGUAUCGAAGAAUCGUUGACACAGGUUGAAAAGACUGUGAAACGAAACCACCUUCCUGAGCACAUGAGGCCACAGCCCAAGAAGAAGGCUAAGGUGAUCGUUUGUGGUGGCAAGGACUUGACUCAGAAGCAAGCCGCUGCAAGGGCUAAGCGAGAAGCCGCGAAGGCCGAGAGGAAGAACCUUGCUGAACAGCAAAAGUCUUCGAGGGAAUUGGUGUCCAAAGCCACCAAGGUAAUCACUUCAGCUGAGCCUAUGCUGGGCAAGCUUGAAAAGGCUUGGGAUGCGCUGCAAAAGGACAAGAACAAGGACAACAUUGAUGAGAUGACUAUCCAAAAUGUGAAAGAAAGGAUUGUCUGGACAAAAGCAGCAGUCAACGACGCCCAGAAGAUCAUGAAGCAGGUCAGUUCUGGCAAAGUUGUCGACAAGGACGAGUUCAGCGAUCUCUAUGGCUGUGAGAUUGGUCCUGAGGUGAAGAGCUGUAACUCAGUGCUGAAGGCAUUGACAUACGCUCGAAAAGCAGCGAAACCACAGAAGGGCGGCGCCUAA